AUGGAGAUGUCAGGACUCGCCGACGCAGCCCUUGCAUCCAAGCCUUGCAGGCCUAGGCGGAUGUCUGUCAGCUUGAAUGCCGCCCUAUCAAGACUUCACGGCAUCUUGGAGGCCCUGCCAAAGGGAAACCGCCGAGCGGCCAUAGAAGGUCUGUCCAAGCAGCUCCGUCACGAGCUGAUCAAAUUCAUGGAGGCUCGGCGACUUCACGUGUGCAGUGCAGCGCCACAGCCCAGAAGAAGGGUCCAGAUGGUCAAGCCCCUGGCAAGGAUGCCAGGCUCGGUUUGGACAUUCAAGACGCCUUCUGCCCAGUACCACAGGGCACGUUGCCAGAUCGGUGGAGUCCUGGUCCGCUCCAGCAGCGUCCGGUGCCGCGCACAGGCGGAAGCCUUGCUACAGCGGCUGCAUGCGGCGCUGUCCGAGGUACCGGAGCAACUGGAGCAAAGGCUGCCAGCAGCAGCGGCUGCGCUUUCACUGCAGAGCUGCACCGUCAGUUUCGUGGUGGUGCUGGAUGCGCGCCGGUGGAUUGGCCGUAGCCUGGAAUCCCCCACACUCUACAGCUUGGCGGAGACGCUGACGUGGAGGCGCCGCGCCGCCGAGGCCGAAGCUGGUGGCUGGCCACGGGUCCGUGCACUCUGGAUGGACCGGGCUUUUGGGCAGACGCUGACCGCCUGCGCUCGCACGCGCGCCAACUGUGCGCACAUGCACAGUUUCGUGAUGUUCCAUUCGAUGUUCCGUAUCAGUGUGUUGCCUGUCUUGGCCAUGAGUCGAAGGCACGUGAAGUCCACCGCCUGGCGGCUGCUGGAGAUCUCUCCUUUUCCCGCCAAGCUGCAAGGAAGCGUGCUCGCCAGACAGAAUCGGAUGGCGCAGCUGCCAGCAGAAUUGAUGUGCCCACUGCACACUCGCGCAAACACCCUCCGAAGCCCUCCGGAAGUGCCCCGUACCGUCAACGCGAACCGCAACGUGAAGCGCAGCUCUCCAGGAAGCCGCCUCGCGGCAGCUGGCGCGGCGGCUUCGCGCAGCCGCGGCACGCGCCGAGCGAUCGCUGGGUUGGGCCAUGGAGCCAAGGUCGGCUCGGUUCAGGAGACUUCAGGGAAGUCAUUGGAAGCGCAGGGAGGAGAAAGCUGGACAGCAAACUUACACUUGUUCUACAUCCAAAUUCCUGUUUUCAUCCGUGCAUUGAGUCUUAGGGACUUGGGUACUGCUACUUUUCAAGACUUUUCUUGCCUCGAGUUCGCCGUAGUGCUGUCAGGUCAGCAAGAUCUCAAAGAGGACGUCCGCAGUUGGGAUCUUGGUGACACAUCAGCCAAAGAGUGCUGCAGUGAUCUGCAGUGCUAUCACGCAAAUAACGAGUACAGCAUUCACGACAUGUUCCGAGGCUCUUCAGAAGUUGCUGUGAAAUUCAAGGAAGCAGAAGAGGAUGCGAAGGUGAGCCCGACGCUGGAAGAGUUCGCAGCAUGUUUGCGGGAAGAGGUCAGAUCGCUGCUGCACCAGGAGCUUGGCCACUUCCAGACCAAGUUGCUGCAGGAGCUGCGAGAGGAGCUCCGGCAAGUUCAAGAGGAUCGAGCUGGAGAGAACCAGUACCAAUUCGACACUCCAAAGAAGCGCCGUGGCAAGCAGGAAGAAAUUCAAACUCCUGAGAAAGUAGAUGCUCCAGUUGCUCCGGUGGACCUGCCCUUGAGCCUUUCGGAGAGGCAGAGCCGCAGGAAACAGGUCCAGCUGCUCCACACGUAUCGCAUGGACCUGGAUGACGAGGCGCCAACGAGCCAGCCGGCCAACCAGGAGGGCAGAGAUUCCGACAAUUGCACCAGCGGCUGCGAGGCACCAGUUUCCUCUCUCGAAGCCGAGUUCAAUGCCAGCUGGGAAGAGGUCUGCGCCCCCUCAAUACCAGUAGCGAUGGAUGCUACAGGAGCGCCUCAUGCAGACAUGGAGGCUCAUGAUCUUUCCAGCACUUCAGCAUUGUCAUCGACCCAGGCGUCUGCUGAGUUCGCAGCUCUGCCUGCGCUACUCAAGAUGGAAGUGCUCAACUGGCUGCCGGCCAACCAGCUCUGUCGCAGCCGAAGUAUCUCACAAGACUUCGUGGACAUGAAGGUGCUGGCGCUUGAGCUGUGGUACAGAGCCGACGUGUUCAAUGUGGACGGCAUCGUCAGAACGAGCCUCUGGCAAGAUGGGUCAGCUGCAGAGGUGCAAGAGAGGAGGGACUGCAUUCUUUGUCUGGAGACGCUGAUCACCCGAUUCUUCAUAGCGGAGCCCCAGAUGAUGGCGCAUAUUGCUGGUGCAUUGGUGGGACACAUGCUUGAAGGGCACACUUUCGAUUGCGUAUGGCGCCCGAGCGGUGCUGCGGCCGGUGCUGCGGCUGCUGUUGCUGCUGCUGAUGAUGAUGAUGUUCUUGCAGUGGACAUGCUGAAGGUGUUCCACGGCCGUUUGGCGAGAUUCUUUUUGCGUGGGAUGAUCUGGAUGGUGCUUUCGGGGAACGGCCCGUGCACGUGUACUAGUUGGGGUUUGCAGUGA